AUGAGGGGACUUCGGACCGCUCACCGCCAAACCAAAACGGCGACGGUGAAAUACCCCUACGACCAUUUUGCGUCCGACCUCAGGCGGCUUUCGCUCUCUUCUACUUAGGAACUCCGGAGUGGUCUCUGCAGAGGCAACCUUAGGGACCUUAGUGAAGAGUGGUCCCUAUAGGGGUUAGGGUGACUUUACCAAACUCUAUAGGGGUUACUAAAGCCCGGAAAAACUAUCUCCUAAGGGAUUUCAGUUAGUGGCCCCUGUAGGGGACAUGUUAAUCGAUAAUUUUUAUGUACUCUGAGCGUAGAACCAUUUCCAUGCGAAAAAUUAAAUAAUUAAGCGUAAAAUAAAGUUGAAAGACCCCUAUAGGGACCACUUAAGCUUUAGGGGCUAGUCAGACUCUAAACCCCUAUCGGAACCAACUUGAUUUUAUCCCUAUAGGGACCACUUUUUCGGCCCUUCUAGGGGCUGUUUUCCCCUCUAACCCCUACAGGGACCACUCUUCACUAAUUUAGCCGUAUUUCUCGUUUCAGCUGGAAAUGAAUGAUCAGCGAAUACUUCAGGCCUCCCGCUGAGUUUCGGCAUUCCAGUUCUUCUACUGAUGUCGAAUUCUCUCUUUUGCACCCCCGCUGAUAAAAGUCGCUCCGGAUUCAUCAAGGUGUGAUCUUUUCGAUUAAUGAACAGGUAUUUUGAGAAGCAACUUAAAAUCAGGGACCAAAAUAAACUUUUUUUUUAAAUAUCGGUGGUAUGCCCUUCGCGCCAAAAAGAUCAAAUGUUGACCCGCCGCUGAGGAGUCUGAACCUGCGACUAUACGUUACAUAGUCUAUGUAACAAUAGAUGUUCUCGAUUUGCGAUUGGCACCCGAUAGCCGCUAUCAGAUUCUUUAUCAUAAUUCUUAUCGCCUUGGUUCGCAGGUGCCAACGAUAAUGUCGUGAUUACAGGACACUCAAGGCUUCUCCUACCUCAUGUCUACUAGGCUUUUGAAUACUCUUUUAGAAAAAAUUCUUUCCUUUUCUUUAUAAAUCUGUUUUUUUUUCAAAUUUGAGUUUGAAGUCUUUCCUUUCUCCCUUUUGCCGAGUUCAGUUUCCAAUUUCGAUUAAAUUGUUUUUAUCUUGUAAAACUCGCACUCCAGUUUGCUUGGGAAUUUUAGAGUGAUCCCUAUAGGGGUUAGAGAGGAAAACCGUCCCUACAAGGGCCGAAAAAGUGGUCCCUCUAGUGGUGAAAUCAAGGUGGUCCCUAUAGGGAUUAGGGGUCUGCUCCUUUGGCCCCUAAAGCUUAAGUGGCUCCUCUAGCGGUUGGAGAGAAAACCGUCCAGACAAGGGCCGAAAAAGUGGUCACUCUGGGGGUAAAAUCAAGGUGAGCCCUAUAGGGGUUUAGGCUCUGACACCUUAGCCCCUAAAGCUCAAGUGGACCCUAUGGGGGAUUCCAAUUUCAUUCAAAAACGCUUAUUUAUUAUAUUUUUCGCAUGGAAAUGCUUCUUCGCAUUUAGUACAAAAAAAAUUAUCGACUAGCCCUAUAAGGACUACUUUUGCAAGUUUUAUUAGCCCCUGUAGGGUUUGGUAAAGAGGUGUCCUCUCCUCCAAGGGCUCUCAAGAUUGUCCCUGUAUGGACCACUCGAAAAUUCCUAAGCGAAAGCCCUAUAGAGACCCCUUUUGUUAGCGAUAGUGGCCCCUACAGGGAUCACUCGAAAAUUCCAAAGCACAGCUGCACGGAACAGUUCACGCGCCCUCUCGAUGCUAUCAAGCUGUCGACAGCCCAAAAUCCGUCACGCAAUCGUCGCGAUCUUGCGCGUUAUCGCGCCGCCGAGCCCGUUUCUCCAAAAAGAAGUGAAACGCGACUGUUAUCGGAAAGGACGACGACGGAUUCGUUUUCGAAAAGUGGUCACGAUUUGAAGGAGGGCAGCACGACUGGCGAGGAGGCACAGACGGUCCGUAUCGCCUGCGCAUCUAAUCGCCCUCGCCUUCGCCUCGUUUUAACCCAUAAAUACCAUCGUCCAGUUUCGGCGAUUGUUGCCGCCAGCCGUCGUCUCCCGCUGUGUGCAACUUCCAGGAUACGUGUCGCUUUCCUUCUUUCUUCGCCCUUCGCUUUUUCAGACCGCCUCCUCCAAACUGACAGAUCAUCUUCCCGCCCCUGCCCGUCGAUGUCGACCAUAACUCGGUGCCUUGGACCGUGGUGA